AUGGCACUAGCAGUUGCCAAGGCGCAUGAAGAGGCCAACAAUGCCGCAGCAGCUUCCGCACUACUGAUUGGAGGAUACCAGCAGAGGCAGCUCCGAGGACCGCUGUCGCCUUCAGCAUGGCCAGACAGCUAUCGUCCAAUAAGGAGGGUUCACUUCACCGACGUGCAAGAGGUUGUGGACAUCAUGAAGUUACAAUCUGCAGCUGGGACCCCUCUCAUCGUAGAGGGGUCUGAGAUGAUAGAGGUCGAAAAGUGGUCAGCGCUUUCACAUGUCAGCAGCCUGCUGCACGACAGGAAGGUCUUGGUGAAGAAAUCCUCAAGCUCUAAGUUCAGAUAUUUUGACAUCAAGAAGAACACAGGAAAGUUUGAGUUCCAGCCACCUGACUGA